GAUGCACAAUCUCGAUUAUAAUUCUGUUUAAGAAGAUAAUAAAGAAAAAGAUAACUUGAGUUCAGUGUUAUUACGUGAAAACAACGUGGUACAGUGACUCGAUAACAAAGGUUUAUGUUUGGAUGAUUAAACAAAAUUUCUCCUUAUAUGAUCAUGAAAUGUAUAAAAAUGGUUAAUUACAUCUUGGCAAACUAACUAUUAACAAGUCGUAAUUGCACAUUAACUAAAUUCGGGAUUUUUAAAGCCAAGUUGUUACAUAUUUUACAAAAAUUCGUUUUCCAAGAAGAUAAAAUGAAAUCAUUUGUGGAUAAAUGUCUACGCAAGAAUGAUGAAAAAUACAUGACCCAGUAUUUAGCUGCUCUAACAGCAUCCAUGACAUAUUUCACUGUCGGCGCGUAUCAAGGUUGGACAUCACCCUCUCUUAUCAAAAUUCUGUCAGAUGAAUAUCCCUUAGAUGUCAAUCAGGAAGAAGCUUCAAUAGUGGCUACUAUUGGUUCAGUAGGCCACAUCAUGGGAGGAUUUUUGGCAUCUUAUUUACUAGAUGUAAUUGGACGAAAAUCAACCAUAAUGUCCAUUGGUAUACCACAGAUCAUAUUUCCAAUCUUAAUUUACUUCUCACAUUAUACCAAAUACCUUCUAUAUUUUGGCAGAAUAACUGGGGGUAUGGGAGAAGGCGCUAGUAUAGCUGUAGUAAGUACCUACAUAGCUGAAAUUGCUGUACCACAAGUAAGAGGUAGCAUAGGAGGUUUUACUAUUGCCUUGGUUGGAUUUGGCACAUUGACAAUGAACAUUGCUGGUUCAUAUUUAUCUCUAAAAGAAGGUGCAAUUUUCAUGCUACUAAUUCCUGUGAUUUUCUGGAUCUGCUUCAUUUUUAUGCCUGAAAGUCCUUAUUAUUAUAUAAUAAAAAACAAGCCUGACAAAGCAAGGGAGAGUUUGAAGAUAUUAAGAAGAAAAUUUGACGUUGAAAAAGAACUGAGCCAAUUGACAAUCGACAUACAAAAACAAAUGGCGGAAAGGGGUACCUUCAGAGACCUGAUCUACGUACCCCUUAACAGAUACAUAAUGUUUUUAGUAACUGCCAUGAGAGUUUUUCAGCUUUUCACGGGUUAUAAUGCUUUCACUUUCUACAGUCAGAUCAUGAUAUCACAAACUACUAAUUUAUCACCAGUGAUGGGCUCGUCACUGUUAUUAUUAGGUGGUGUGAUAAUACUGCUAAUAGGAACACUGUAUGUUGAUAAAAUUGGUCGGAGGCCUCUGUUCUUAAUUUCCAUGGUUUUGUCAUUUAUAGCCCUUAUAUCCAUGGCUGUGUUUUUAGCUGUACGUGACUAUACACCAAUAGACCUAUCGGGUGUCUCAUUUAUGCCGUUGGUUUUUAUAGUUUUCUACAACGUAGUGUUUUGUGGAGGUUUGGGAAUAGGAGUUAACAUCUUCAUAGCUGAAAUUCUUCCUAGCAACAUAAGAGCGAAAGGGCUAUCCAUUGCAAGUAUAGUUUUUGCCUGCACGGUUACCGGAACUACAAAAUUGUAUCAGUACACUGCGGAUUAUAUUGGAGCUUCAGUACCGUUUUUCAUUUUCGCCGGAGUGUCUAUUCUUGGAAUUUUCUUUAUAUAUUUCUUAGUACCAGAAACAAAAGGAAAAACACUAGGAACGAUACAAAAUGAACUCAGAGGAAACAAAGAAUCUGAGUAUAAGGAUUCAAAGAAAUACCCAAACCAAAUUUAAUCAAAGUUUCUUAAAGAUUUCUACUCUGGAUUGAGCAAGAUAUUACGAGUCUGUGAUAUUUAUUG